UACCAACCAUUAUUUCCAGCUUAGCUGGCUCGGUCUCAGCUGAAUUAUCGUCAUCCAAGCUUCCUACAAAUUUUCCUGAAUACUCCUCAUCAGACUAGGUGUGAAGGGUGAAAUAUUGCUCUGCCAUAUCUAGGAGAUGAAGGCCCAUCAUCAUCAUGGGCCAAGGCUAUUCACUCACCACCCUGUCCGCGGGUUCGGCGGGGAUCGACGUUCCCGAACUGUCGGACCUGGCAUAUGAGAAGUCCAUGGGUGGUGGCAGGUUCAUGAAAAGUAUCCGAGCCAGACAGCAGAAUGGUCUCGUUUUCGUAAAGGUAAUAAUGAAGCCUUACCCCAGUAUGAAGCUGGAGCCAUAUGUCAAAGCUAUUCUUCGGGAGCGCAAAUUGUUGGCCGACGUGCCCAAUGCCCUAAGCUACCAGAGGAUACUCGAGACCAGCACCGGUGGUUAUCUCGUCCGCCAGUACAUCCAUAGCUCUCUCUAUGAUCGAAUGAGUACUCGUCCAUUUCCCGAGGAGAUUGAGAAGAAGUGGAUCGCCUUUCAACUACUUUGUGCGCUGAGAGAUUGUCAUUCACUUGACGUUUUUCAUGGCGAUAUCAAGUCCGAGAAUGUCUUGGUCACGUCUUGGAAUUGGCUUUACCUGUCGGACUUUUCGUCUUCGUUCAAACCCACAUUCCUUCCGGAGGACAAUCCGGCGGACUUCUCAUUUUAUUUCGAUACUUCUGGUCGUCGGACCUGCUACUUGGCACCCGAAAGGUUUCUCGAAGCUGGUGAAGAGCCCGGAAGCCGCCAUGUGAAUUGGGCUAUGGACAUCUUCAGUGCGGGUUGCGUCAUCGCCGAACUCUUUUUAGAGGCUCCUAUCUUCACUUUAAGCCAAAUUUACAAGUAUCGCAAAGGUGAAUAUAGCCCGGAACACAGCCAGUUGAUCAAGAUCGAGGAUCCGGAAAUUCGUGCCCUGAUUCUCCAUAUGAUCCAACUCGACCCAGAGUCCAGAUACUCCGCAGAGGAGUACCUAAACUUCUGGAAGGACAAGGCAUUUCCCGAAUAUUUUUACAGUUUCCUACAUCAAUAUAUGUCUCUCAUGACUGACCCAUCGUCGGGCAGGGCUCAAGUUGAGCCAGGCUCUGCCAGUCGAGGAGAGGCCGAUGACCGCAUCGAAAGAGUAUACCUUGACUUCGAUAAAAUAUCCUACUUCCUGGGUGCUUCACCAGCAACCACCAAAGAUAGAUCAAACCGGAACCGGCCGAGGCUCACAGGCGAAACUUUUCCCGUGGAACUAGACCUUCCACAUUACGGGCCCAUGCCGGCAAAGUCCCAGCAACAAGGGGAUGAUGGGGUGCUGAUAUUUCUGGCCCUUGUUGUCUCAAACUUGCGUAAUACGUCCAAAUCAUCCGCCAGAAUUAAGGCCUGUGAUAUUCUGCUUGCCUUCGCCGAAAGACUGUCGGAUGAGGCCAAGCUAGACAGGAUACUCCCUUACAUCAUGACUCUUCUCAACGAUCGCACGGAUACAGUUAAGGUAGCGGCUAUUCGUGCUCUCGCUCAGUUACUGGAGACGGUUCAAGUUGUGUCUCCCGUUAAUGCUUACCUGUUCUCCGAGUAUAUCUUUCCGAGGCUGCAACCAUUUGUGCCUAGUAACAACUCCAAACCCAGCCGACUGGUGCGGGCUGCAUAUGCAUCUUGCGUUGCAUCGCUUGCACACUCAUCCUUGAGAUUUUUGGACAUGAUUCAAGCUCUGCGCUCUGACACACGUUUGCCAGCCUUGAUACCGGCCGGAUCUGAGCCCAGAUGGACUGAAGAUGCAACUUACCAUAACCUUUACGAUGUUGCAAGGGUCGACCUCCUUGAAUACUUCGAAGCACACACCAAAGCCAUGUUGACCGACAGUGACGCUUCGGUCCGUCGUGCCUUCCUAGGUUCCGUGUCAGAGCUUUGCGUUUUCUUUGGCAAUCUCAAGACCAACGAGGUAAUCCUUAGCCACUUGAACACUUACCUAAAUGACAGGGAUUGGAUCUUGAAAUGUGCCUUUUUCGAGGCAGUAAUUGGCGUUGCCGCUUAUGCUGGUACCACCAGCCUGGAGCAGUACAUCUUGCCACUGAUGGUACAGUCAAUGACUGAUCCGGAGGAAUUUGUUGUCGAACGGGUACUGAGGUCGCUGGCUGCAAUGGGCGGACUUGGCCUCUUUCAAAGAUCGACCAUAUGGGAGUUAAUCCAUAUUGUAGUCCGAUUCUUGGUGCAUCCAAAUGCCUGGAUCCGCGAGGCGGCUGUCCAAUUCAUCGUUGCGUCAACCAGAUUUCUUUCUGUGGCGGACAAAUACUCUAUUCUGACCCCUCUUGUCCAGCCGUUCCUGAAAGUCAAGAUUGUCAAUUUCACCGAGGGGGAGUUGCUCGACGCCCUCAAACGACCACUUUCGAGGACCGUAUAUGAGUUGGCAUUUGUCUGGGCGUCAAAUGUUGAGAAGGGUCUUUUUUGGAAAGCAACAGCCCGAGAAGCAAACUUCGCAUUCGUCGGGGCUGACAGUGCUAUCCCAAGAUGGGGCCAAAAGAGUUCGAGUCUGUCCAUGGGUACGCAAGCGAGGAACGAAGAGGACGAGCAGUGGCUUGCUCGGUUAAGGAACAUUGGAAUGGGCCAAGAGGAUGAGCCGAAGUUUCUUGCUCUCAAGGAAUUCAUCUGGAGAGUCAUCGCCCGGCAGUCUAGAGACAACGAUACGGGACCCUCGCCCUUGAACAACGCCAUUACCCUGACUCAUUAUGGUGUUACCCCACAAACUGUUUUCUUCGACAAGACACAGAAUACCCGGCCUCGCGGAAAUUCACUCGGAAACACCGAUAACGCCAAGACCGAAGACCGAAGACCACACACGAUCACUGAUGCUCUGCUUGAUGCCUCAACUUCGAUUGAUAGCAGGCCGGAAUCCCGCAGGAAACAUCUUCGCUCCAGAAGCCAAUUGACAGAUCAUUUGACCAUUCCACGUCCGAUCGCUAUAAACAACAUCAGGGCCGAGAAUUCUCCAAUUGCAUCACCAAUUGCAUCCUCGCCUGGAGUUGCUGGGCCUGCCUCACCACCUGGAUCAGACGCUGAACGACGAGUGUCCGGAGGUCGAGAGAGCCCAGGCCAAGAUAGCUCAUCAACGCCCACGGAUGCGGAGAAUCCGGCAAUCAAAAGGCUAGCCAGUGGAGUCCAGAGAAAGUCGAGCGCCAUGAGCUUGCUCAAUCGUAGGGACUUCGCCAAGGCAUAUGCGGAAACCAGCACAAGUCCCGCAAAUGCAUUUGGUAAGGUCGAUCUCCCUUCGCAGCGCGAAGAUGAACAAACGGCUGUUUCUCCGACGGUACCGGUAAGGACCGCGUCAGAAAAUGGUCCACAGCAAUACCAUGCCAACCACUCUUACGCUGGUGACGAUCCAGUGGUCCUCCGCCUUCUCGACUCCGUUUUUGCAGAGAACUAUCCUACGGAUUUUUUCGACCUUGGCCCCUACGUUAAGGAGGUGGACACCAAAAAGCCAAUGAUGAAAGCCAGCGGACAAGAACCUAGCAAAGUCUGGAAACCGACUGGCGGCCUUGUGACGGUAUUCGGGGAACACAGCGGACCUGUAAACCGUGUUGUUGUCGCCCCAGACCAUGCUUUCUUUGUCACGGCUUCUGACGACGGCACUGCGAAGAUCUGGGAUACGACUCGCCUCGAAAAAAAUGUAACACCCCGGUCUCGACAAACCUACCGACAUUCUACAGAAGCGAAAGUGAAGUCACUGGUAUUCGUUGAAAACACUCACACGUUCAUUACGGGAGCGAGCGAUGGCAGCAUCCAUGCAGUGAAAGUCGACUACCAUAACGCCAGCGGAAAUGCCCGCUAUGGAAAACUUCAGCUCGUGCGCGAAUAUCAAUUACCUCCGGCCGAUGAUGGCACCACCGAGUAUGCCAUUUGGAUGGAGCACUUUCGCAUGGAAGCACAAUCGACACUGCUGAUUGCAACUAACACCUGCCGUGUAUUAGCUUUGGAUAUGAAGACCAUGCUCCCAGUCUACUCUUUACAGAACCCUGUACAUCACGGGACCCCAACCACAUUCUGCUGUGACCGUAAGCACAACUGGCUCUUGAUGGGCACCACGCACGGUAUUCUUGACCUCUGGGACUUGCGCUUUCGAGUGCGAUUGAAGGCCUGGGGUCUUUCCAGCUCAGGCGCUAUUCACAGGCUACAAGUCCAUCCAACCAAGGGGCGUGGGCGCUGGGUCUGCGUUUCCGGCAGCGGUGCUCACGGCAACGAGAUCAUCGUUUGGGACAUCGAGAAAGUUCGUUGCCGCGAAGUGUACCGUGCUGACUCACCGGGGGCCAGCGUCUCCGGCCCCAGCGCAGUACAAUCCGACAACCGGCCCAAAUCAGCCUAUCUAGGUGCGCGAGACUAUGAAGCCUGGCACGUGGAAGGCGACCGACCGGAAGGCAUGCUUAGCCGGUUCGCGAUGGAAGGGCUAGCCCCGGGGCCCGCUGACCACCCAUCGGGACCCUCCGCGUCCAGCGGCCCGGCCGGGAUCUGUGCCUUUGCUGUGGGCUACGACUCCCCCGACGACGGCCGCGACAGCAGCACCCGAUGCGGAUUUAUUGUCUCGGGCGGCUGCGACCGCAAAAUCCGCUUCUGGGAUCUUGCGCGCCCGGAACUAUCAACCAUAGUCAGUGGACUCGAUGCCGUAUCUACUGAUGGCGGGGCGACGCAGAAGCCGCGUUAUGAGCUCUCUCAACCCGGUCCCUCACUCCUGAUGACGACCGAGCAUAUCCCGAAUAGCUCCUCCUCGGCCAGCGCCACGGGCAGUAGCAACACCAAGGGCGGCAGUGGUGGCGCGAGCAAGAAAGGCAGCAGUAGCGGACGACUUCCCCGAUCCACGGUGAUCAGUCUCCAGCAACAGCAACUCCUGAAGAGCCACUUGGACUUCAUCCAGGAUAUCGCGGUGUUACGGGCGCCGUAUGGGAUGGUCGUGAGUGUCGAUCGCGCAGGGAUGGUGUAUGUGUUUCAGUAGGGGACUGGUAAGUGCCUUGAGUAUGCAUGUAG